UCUUCUUCUUUCUUCCGCAAUUGCUUUGUACGUAAAACCAGGAAACAGUUUACUCCGUUAACCAGAAAUGAACGCCCUCUCUUCUUCUUCCUCUUCCAACUUCACUUUCUUCACUCAGUCCAAAAACCCUAGCCAUCAUUUUAAAUUCACCCCUAAAGUACCCAAUUUACCCCUACACUCUUCUCCUUCCCAUCUCACUGCACCUGCUCCAUGUUGCUCUCUCGGUGACUCAUCAACCACGUUGCUGGAAAAAAAUGCCCUUUCCUCCGAACUAAGUUCCCGGAAUGCCGUUUUACCAAAAGACUCAAGCUUUGAGGAAGCGCUCGUGGUUCGCAGGCCGAUGACAGAUUUUUCCGGCGAAGACUCCGACGAGGAGGUGGAAGAAAGGUGUGAGACGGAGAACAAUGAUCCAAAGGGUUCUUCGAUUGUAGCCGGGCUAGCGAAAGUUGCGAAGAAGAUGCCGAUGUUUGAGCCGAAGAGGGUCGAAUCCAAAGAGAGGCCUCUGGCAGUGAAUUUGGACUUGGCGAUAUAUAGAGCGAAUGUUUUGGCUAGAAAAUUUCGCUAUGAAGAAGCAGAGGCAAUACUUCAGAAGUGUAUAAGCUAUUGGCCGGAAGAUGGUCGACCUUACGUGGUACUUGGGAAGAUUUUGAGCAAGCAAUCCAAAACAGGUCAAGCCAGAGAGAUAUACGAGACGGGUUGCCAAGCUAUGCAGGGUGAAAAUGCCUACAUUUGGCAGUGUUGGGCUGUUCUUGAAAUGAAAGUGGGAAAUAUCAGGAGAGCAAAACAGUUGUUUGAUGCUGCCACGGUUGCUGAUAAGAAGCAUGUUGCUGCUUGGCAUGGAUGGGCUGUGCUAGAGUUAAAGCAGGGAAAUAUUCAAAAGGCAAGGAAUCUGCUUGCUAAAGGUCUUCAGUAUUGUGGACAGAAUGAGUAUAUAUACCAAACACUUGCACUGCUUGAAGCUAAAGCAAAUAGAUAUCAGCAGGCUCGAUAUUUAUUCAGUCAGGCCACUAGGUGUAAUCCUAAUAGCUGUGCUAGUUGGCUUGCUUGGGCACAAAUGGAGAUGGAACAGGAAAACUACCGUGCUGCUAGGAAAUUGUUUGAGAAAGCAGUACAGGCAAGUCCUAAAAAUAGGUUUGCUUGGCAUGUAUGGGGCGUUUUUGAAGCUAACAUGGGCAACGUUGACAAAGGAAGAAAACUUCUGAAGAUAGGCCAUGCUCUAAAUCCAAGGGAUGCUGUUCUCCUUCAGUCUCUUGCUUUAUUAGAAUACGAACACUCAACUGCAAACCUUGCCCGAAUUUUGUUCAGGAGAGCAUCUGAAUUGGAUCCAAGGCAUCAACCUGUUUGGUUUGCUUGGGGUUGGAUGGAAUGGAAGGAAGGAAACUUGAAUACGGCUAGAGAAUUAUACCAAAAGACGUUAUCCAUUGAUCUAAAUAGUGAAACUGCUGCCAGGUGUCUCCAGGCUUGGGGUGUGCUGGAGCAAAGGGUUGGUAAUCUUUCAGCUGCCCGUAGAUUAUUCAAAUCCUCAUUGAAUAUAAAUUCUCAGAGUUAUGUGACAUGGAUGACUUGGGCAUCAUUGGAAGAAGAUCAAGGAAAUUCUGUUCGUGCUGAAGAGAUUCGUAACCUCUAUUUCCAACAGCGCACAGAAGUUGUAGACGAUGCUUCAUGGGUUACGGGGUUCUUAGAUAUUUUAGACCCGGCCAUUGACAGUUUAAAGAGGCUCCUCAAGCUGGACCCAAAUUCGUACAGCAAGCCAUUGGAUUCUUUGAUAAGUAUAGCCAGAACAAAUAAAAACAGGGUUGAUUUUUCUAGUGACAAUAAUGGUGAUGACGAGGAUGGUGAAAGUGGCUUUGAUUUGGAUGCUUUCAUUAAGGAACGGUUAUCCAUAGAUUUGUCCAAUCUGGAAUUUCAGUUGGACACACCAAAAGUUUCUUCUAUGAAGAAAAGUACGUCUACUAGGAGAAUAUGGCGAUCAAAUAAUAGAAUUGCCAAAGUGUAAGUCCACAAUAUUAUAGUUUAGGGUUGGGCCAUUAGCUAUACAGAAUGGUGUCAUGUAAAAUUUGUUUUCAAUUAGGUGCCUUGCCUUGUAUUGAAAACAGCAUUAUAAGAAAUAUUUUUUAAUGAGAACAAAGUAUACUAAUGACUAACAUCGUUAUAUUUGUCUUCAAGUGAAAGAUGUUUCUUUUCCAAAGUGAAUAAGGACUGUGUACUUACUUAUAGAUAAACAGGUUAUAAUUAUGAUGUACUUCAAAUUAAAUCAACAGUGGAUAUUUUUUUAUUUACUAGCUCUAGAGACAGUGUCACUUAGUAUAGUCUUGUCGUUUCUUCAAGAUAUUCUGCUUUGAAUGUGCGUCCGUGAAUAUAAUGAGAGCAAUGCAGUUCUUGUGU